AUGGUGACCGUCAGCGGAGCUGGCCAGCUUUUCCCAUCCCAGCUCUUCACGUUCUCGCCGGCGCACUGCGCCGCUGGAAUCGAGCUGAGCGACGAUUUGCUUUCCGCUCGCUGCGCCACCAAUAAUCGAUGCAUGGUGCUCGGCUCCCGCGGUUUUACCAGCGGAAAAGUGUACUGGGAAGUGUCCGUGGAGAACUGCGACUACGGAACACUAUUCAUCGGGGUGGCGGGGAAAUUGGCGGGGAGCAGUCAUCAGUGCUGGCGCGAUUACGGGUUCGUAAGCAAUCGGUCGUUCCAGGACCACGCCAAUGAAUACUUCUACGGCGUGCAGUUCUACAAGGGCGACGUGAUCGGGGUUUUGCUGGACAUGGAUCACGGCGAACUCUCCUUCUUCAAGCAAGGCAAGGACUUGUACUACUCGCAUCAUUCGCUGCUGUCGUUCGGCGUGGCGGCUCGCAAUCUUCACUCGAAUGGAGGCGAGCUGCAGGUGAUUCCGCUGUUCCCGUCGAUCGGAUUCAAGCGCUGCGGCGACGCCGUGACGCUGCGGAAUAUGAAAGGCGUGGAGGAGAGCGGGAACGACGCGGAGGGAAGUCUGAAGCAGGUGCGAUUUGCGUAUCAUUUGAUGCGAGCGAUGUAUGUGGGGAACCCGGAAUUGCUUCCUUCCUUUGUGAGAGAGAGUAUUGUGAGGGAGUAUAGGAGAAAGAACGUGAAGACGGUGCUGGCGAGGGGAGCGAUUCGAGUGGAGAUCGAUACGUCGCAGGAGAGGCUUGAUCGGGUUUUGAGGGAGCGAAAUCGGCUGAAAAUCGGGCAGUUGAUGAAUGGAAGGAAUGGGGUGAAGCGGAUUGUGGGGACGAAGUUCGAUCAGAUUUGGUACCAGUGCGAAAACCAUGACAGCUAUUGGUAUUUUAACGUGAACGAAAUGAAGGCGAUUUUGCGUGGAGGCGAAGUGAAUCAAAACGAAUCAUUGAAUGAAUCAUUGAAUGAAUCAAUGAAUGAAUCCAUCGAUUUGAAUGAAUCCAUCGAUUUGAAUGAAUCAUUGAAUCCAUUGAAUCAUCAAUUGAAUGAGUCAACCAACGAAUCCUUCGAUGCAUCCAUCGCUUUCAAUGCAUCGCUCCCUAAUUCCACCGACUCUCCUCCCUCUCCCUCCGAUUCCUCCACCCGCAAAGACCCCGACUGGAGUUUCAUUCUGAAAUCGAUUUGCCGCGGGGACCACCACGGGCUCGCGGGCUCCGCUCUGCGCCUGCUGAACCAGAGCGUGCCCUCCUUCCUCCCCUUCACCCCGCUCACCUGGAAGAACGCGCCGUUCUUCGCCUCCUCGCCCGUGUUCUCCGCUCUGCCCUCGCUCUCCACGCUCUUCCUCGCCUUCAAACCGCUCCUCUCCUUCUCCUCCAAAAAACUCCUCUGGCAAACCGUCCUCACCGCCACCGCCGCUCACGCCAUGAAGCUCUCCGACGGCGUGCAGACUCCGCUCACCGUUCCUGAGGUCAAGAUCAACCGCAUCGCGGCGCGGCGCAGCCAGCAGAGCAACGAGUCGCGCAGCGACAUCCUCACGAAGUCCGUUCUGAACCAGAUGAUUUCGUCGAUGGAAGUCGUCCCCGUCGCGAGCUUUCGAAGAGAAUUCGGCCACGCGGAGGACGCUGGCCAAAAACGGAGCUUUUUUGUGAGGCUGAUCGGAGAAGGCGUGUAUGAUAGCGGCGGUCCGUACCGCGAAAUGAUCGAGACAGCGAUCUCGUUUGAGCCGUUGUACGUGUUGAAUUUGGCCCGGAAAUCGGCGAACAACGAGAACAAUCUCACCAACGACGAAACGUUCGAAAUCAUAAACAACAACGACACAGACAACCCGCCCAACACACGACGCAUGCAGUUCUAUUGGGGCGUUCUGCUCGGCGUGGCGAUCCGCGGCGCGAUCUCCGUCUCGCUUCCCCUCUCCUCGAUCUUCUACAAAAGCAACGUCGACCUCGGCGUUGUCCACAUGCAGACCAACUGGGACGAAGUCCUCGCCGCCUUCGGAUCCACCUCCGAGAUCAUCGACGUUUUGCCCCUCAACCGACUCGACAAAACCAAACUUCUCUUCUGGGUGGACCGCGAACCGCGGUCUUUAUGGUUCCAGCGCGUCUUUCGCGCCGUGCUCACGCAGAAAUGGACAGAUUGCGAGCUCGUGGUGCGCGGCAUGGGCGCCGUGCUGCCUCUCCAGUGGAUCAUGCUCUUCACACACGCAGAACUCAAAACACUCAUCUGUGGAAACGAGGAAAUCGAGGUCCGCGACCUCCAGGAAAUCGCGGAAUACGCGGAAGGCGUCGACGUGCACGGCGACGUCAUUCGACGCUUCUGGAACGUCGUGGAGGGGCUUUCCAGCGAGGACCGCGGGAAACUACUCGAGUUUGUGUGCGCGCGAAGCCGAAUUCCCGCGCCGCCGCACCCGCCAAUUUCGUUUAAAAUCGCGGUUGUGAAGGGCGGCGAUGAAAUGCUGCCGCAGAGCCAGACGUGCUUCUCGAUCCUGAAGAUCCCGGCGUAUUCGUCGGAGGAGGUGAUGAGGAAGCAGCUGCUGUAUGCGAUUUAUAACGCGCCGACGAUGGAGCUGGACGUGCAAUUGCAUGAUGCGGAAGGAUGGGAAUAA